CCAAGUUGCAUUGUACAGUGGUAUAGAAAGACUUCUGAAUGAUAGUUGAUGCAAUAGAACUCCGUCCUCACUGAAUUUUAAACCAUGACUUUGGCUCGGCGCCAUUGUAGAACGGAUGAAAGCCAAAGGAGUAAAUCGGUUUCCACUCAAACUAUGCCUUCCUUUUAUCUGCAAUUGGAAAAGAACGAGCAGAAUAGCAAACUGACGAGACGACCAGUUAAUCUAUGAAGAUGAACAGCUGAGAUGUAGUCAUUUAGAAUGAAGUUCACCCGUUACAAUAAAACUUUGACUGAAAGCUCCACAAAACAACUCAUCAGACUCAAUUGCCUUCUUUCAAACCGUACUCGUUCCCACCAAUUCUUGGAUGCUCUUCACCUCUUCAACCAAAUUCACUCUUCCAAUCAUCUCAGACCAGACCAUUACACCCUUUCGACCACCCUCACCGCCUGCGCCAACAUCACACACGCUAGCUUCGGCAACCAGCUACACGCCUUCGCCAUUAAUGCAGGGCUUAAAGAAUACUCUCAUGUAUCAAAUUCCCUCCUUUCUUUCUACGCCAAGUCAAAAGAUUUGAGUUCAGUGAAAAGAGUCUUUAGUGAAAUUGAAAACCCAGAUGUUUAUUCUUGGACUACAUUGUUGUCUGCGUGUGCUAAGUUGGGUGAAGUUGAGUAUGCUUGUCAGAUGUUUGAUGAAAUGCCGAAAAGGAAUUUGGCGGUUUGGAAUGCAAUGAUUACUGGGUGUGCUGAAAGUGGGCAUCGCGAGAUUGCUUUGAAUUUGUUUCAAAAAAUGCAUUUUUUGGGUGUUAGAUAUGAUAAUUAUGCUUUUGCUAGUGUUUUAAGUUUUUGUAAUAUGGAGCUAUUGGAUUUUGGAAGACAAGUGCAUUCAAUGGUCAUUAAGACCGGGUUUUUGGCCAGAGCUUCAGUGCUUAAUGCUUUGGUUACAAUGUAUUUUAACUGUAAGAAUGGUUUUGAUGCUUUUUUAGUAUUUGAGGAAGCUGGGGAUGAAGUGCCUGAUCCUGUAACUUAUAAUGCAAUGAUUGCUGGUUUAGUGAGUAUGGAAAGAGCUGAGGAGGCAUUAAUAAUGUUCAAGGAUAUGCAGAAGUUUUCCUUGAGACCCACUGAGCUCACUUUUGUGAGCAUAAUGAGUUCAUGUUCAUACACUAGGAUCGCUUCUCAACUGCAUGCUCAAGUUGUGAGAAUAGGUUUAGAAAACUACACAUCCAUUGCUAAUGCAACAAUAACAAUGUAUGCCAGUUGCGGGGACUUGAAUGCAGUCUCUUUAGUUUUUGAAAGGCUAAAGGAGAAGGAUAUUGUGUCGUGGAAUGCCAUGAUUACGAGCUAUGCCCAAAAUAGUUUGAACAGAGCCGCAAUUUUCACAUACCUUCAGAUGCAGAGGGAAGGAAUAGAGCCAGACGAGUUUACAAUGGGCAGCGUACUAGCAAGCUCAGAAUCUCUAGCAGUUGUUGAAAUAAUUUUGGGUGUUGCAUUGAAGAAGGCACUUAUCUUGAAAACUGAAGUAUCUAAUGCACUGCUCUCUGCAUUCUGUAAGCAUGGUGGAAUAAAGCAGGCUUAUCAAGUUUUUCAUGACAUGUUUCCCAGAAACUUGAUCUCUUGGAAUACAUUGAUUUCCGGUUGUCAUCUAAAUGGACUACCCAUGGAGUGCUUGCACCUCUUUUCCGAGAUUGUUAGUGAAGGUUUAAUGCCUAAUCCUUUUACUCUCAGCAUCGUUUUGAGUGUUUGUGCCAGCAUUUCAGCUCUACAACAAGGGAAGGAGAUUCACACUUUCAUUCUCAAAUCUGGAUUGUUUUCAGAAAUAUCCUUAGGAAAUGCUCUCAUCACAUUGUAUGCAAAAUGUGGAAUGUUGCACUGGUCUCUAAAGGUGUUCCAGAUAACGACAGAAAAAGACAUAGUUUCUUGGAACUCAGUAAUUACUGCCUAUGCACAGCACGGGAAAGGCAGGGAAGCUGUACAUUGUUUUGAGAAGAUGCAAGAAUUAGGUGUGGUCAAACCAGAUAACACCACCUUUAACUCAGUUCUGUCAGCUUGCAGCCAUUCAGGCUUAAUUGAUAAAGGCAUUGAAGUUUUUACCUCAAUGAUUCAUACGUACGGUAUAGAGCCUACAACAGACCACUUCUCUUGCAUUGUCGAUCUUCUAGGUCGGGCUGGGUAUCUUGAUGAGGCUGAAAAACUGGUAAAAGAUAGACAUGUUGAUGUAGAUUCCACUGUUUGGUGGACAUUAUUCAGUUCAUGUGCUGCUUAUGGCAAUGUUAGACUAGGCAGAAUUGCUGCUGGAUUUCUGCUUGAGACCGAAAAGAAUAACCCCACAGUUUAUGUUCUUUUAUCCAAUAUUUAUGCCAGUGCAGAGAACUGGGAGGACUCUGCUAAUGUGAGGAAAUUGAUGAAUAAAUGUGGAGUGCUAAAGCAACCAGGAAGUAGUUGGAUAGGAUCCUAAAGCUCAUUUUCAUUAAUGCUGGAUGUCUUGAUGUGAUUGGUUACAAAGUUCAAGCUUACCCAUCAACCAGGAGAUUGCUCUUUGUGGAAGAAAGGUCUAAGGGUAAAAGGUAGGUUUGGUCCUACAUUUCCCACUUCAGUUCUGUCAGGCAUACUACAUUUCUCACAAGCCCCAGUGAGUCGCUAGCCUACUCCACCAAGGCUCAUUUCUUUGAAUGAAGACUGAACAAAACUACCUAUGCAUGAAAAUGGUACGGAAAGAGACAAUCUCAAUGAUGAAGUUUUCGGCAUCUAUCAAAAAAAACUUAUGAUUUUUCAGCUGCUUUAGAUACCUCGAGGUAGUCCUGCUAAAAAUUUAAUUUGUCAAGUUCCCGAAACUGAUAAUAUUGUGGAUGUUUAGUCGUCCUACUCUCCAUGAGAGUGAUAUGCACCUUUGAGGUUAAUCUCAAAUAUGUUUUGCACCAAAUGAGCUGUUGUUUCCUAUUUCCUGAAAACAAGGAUACUUCUGACAUUCUAUUUGGUUUUAAUCCUUCUUCUCCUUUAGCAAGUGUUGCAUUUCAGGGAGUUUCUACUACAGAUCCAUGAAAGCUUUUCCACCUUGCUGGAGCUGACUAGGAAUAUGUUUGCCAAUAUUCCUAAGCAUAGAACUAUAGCCAUGCAAACCGCACCAAAACAUGCCUUCCAUGAAAGAGCAAGCUUGAUCUUACCUCCAAAUAUAGUCCAACCAGAGACUCGACUUCAUUAUCCUCAACUGCACGGUAUCCGCCUUUAAGGAGAUCCGAUAGACAGAACAACACAUUAUCUCUUUCUAUCCAUCUAACUAUAAGAAACAUUUAGUAUCUACAGGUUUAUUAUAAAAGAGGAGAACAAAUUCACCAUGAUUAGGAUAUCGAGGAAUGAAAACACGAAUGUGAACGUCUGAUUUCUAAAAGACAAUAACCCUCCUCCUUUUUCCA